AUUCAAUUUGUUCAGAGUGCAAGCUGCCAAGCUAUGAAGGUGGUUAAAGGCGCCCAAUGCUGACCUCCAUCAUCAUCGUCCACUUCAGAAACUCAUUAGAAGGUCCUAGCCUUAGGUUUUGCACUUAUCUCUAGAUCCGUCGCCCUGCGUGCAUUGGCCAGCUAUUCAAUCCUGGCAUCUUUGAUACGAAUCAGAAAAGCCCGAAGAGUGGGUUGGUCUCGGUGCUUGCAUGAAGUGUACAAAACGAUAGAGGCACUUACUUGAAGCUGAGCUAGGCUCCUCUUGCGGCAUCUGUACGGCCAGAAAAAGUACCUCGCCAGUAGUCAGGUGGGACGAAGUUUCUCGAAGAAGCUGCUGGAUUAUUUGCUGGUAUGGUGAAGCGAAGGGAGCCAACCGGGGGCCGACAGGAGAGGGGCCAGGGCACGCGUUUGAAAGAAGAUACUGCCAGCAUACAAGAACACACUCUGAGGUUACUUAGAGCCGGCGCCAGGGCAAGCGCCGCCUCAGACCAUUCUAACGGGGCUCCCAAUGGAAGCACGGGCACUCACCACCAGAAUAUAGCGUCAGGAUCUCGAGACCCUAGUGUUGGUAGUAUGGGCACCCCCGCCCUGUCUCACGGCCCAAACGGCGCCGGGACUGCAGUCAGCGAAACAGGGGCUAUGGACAUCGACGUAUCGGAUUGGAGAUGUGGAGAGUGCGGGGACCCAGGCGAGACGUUUUGCACGCACUGCGAGCAACGGCUUUGCUGUGGGCGCGAACGCACUUGCGAGAGUUGUCAAGAGCCCUUCUGUGAACAGUGCUCCGUUACAAACUAUGACGAACGGUAUGAUCGAGUUUUCUGCCUGGAGUGCAACGAAACACAUUCCAGACGAGCAUCCGGAAGCCCAUCAAGAAGUCAACUUUCGCAGCGAGGCUUCAAAUCCGAGGAUAUUUCAAGAUACUAUCGACCAACACGGACGUGAAUCUCAUUAU